AUGGCAUCGGGAGGAGUUGGUAUUAGCUCCAUAGAUCCGGAUGUAUCUUCAACAUCUAAUACAAAAUUCACAUCCGACCGUGAAGAUGCCCAAGACUCAUCCAUUUCGGAGACCCCGGGUAAACAGCGUACCAAAAGUGAUAAGGAGCGUAAAAUUGGCCAUAGGCGUGUCGGUGAGGGUGGUGAGAUCACCUAUAAAAAGAUACAGACCUCACAGAUUAUGGGUUCCAUACAAUUGGGUAUACAGCAUACGGUCGGUAGUUUAGCCUCUAAACCAAAACGUGAUCUACUUAUGAUGGACUUUUGGGAAAUCGAAAGUAUUGUCUUUCCGCCCGAAGGUUCUAGCCUUACGCCUGCCCACCACUAUAGUGAAUUUCGUUAUAAAAUUUAUGCGCCGAUAGCAUUUCGUUACUUUAGAGAUUUGUUCGGCAUCCAGCCGGAUGAUUUUAUGAUGUCCAUGUGUUCGUCACCAUUGCGGGAGCUGUCGAAUCCGGGUGCAUCGGGUUCCAUAUUCUAUUUGACGCAUGACGAUGAAUUUAUCAUUAAGACGGUGCAGCACAAGGAGGGGGAAUUUUUGCAAAAAUUAUUGCCAGGUUACUACAUGAAUUUAAAUCAAAAUCCCCGUACCCUUUUGCCGAAGUUCUUCGGCCUGUACUGCCUGCAGACCAACAAUGCCAAGAACAUCCGUCUGGUGGUGAUGAACAAUCUGCUGCCUUCCUAUGUGAAAAUGCAUCUGAAAUACGAUCUGAAGGGAUCGACGUUUAAACGCAAAGCCAAUAAAGCGGAACGUGCCAAGAAAUCGCCAACAUUUAAGGAUUUAGAUUUUAUGGAACAGCAUCCGAAUGGUAUAUUCCUCGAGGCUGAAACCUAUUCGGCCUUGAUUAAGACAAUACAACGGGAUUGUACGGUACUGGAAUCAUUUAAAAUUAUGGACUAUUCCCUACUGCUGGGCGUACACAAUUUAGAUUUGGCCUCAAAGGAAAAGCAGAAGACACGAAAGCAGGCCAAAUCAUCGCAAUCCGAGGAAUCGGAUGAGGAUAAUGCUCGUGGUACAGAGACAACGUCGGAUAAUCAGGAUGAAGAAACGCAAAGCAAUAUACAACGCAAUAGUGCGGCCUAUCGCUCGAAUCGCCAACGUUUGGUAGCCCACUCCACGGCCAUGGAGAGUAUACAGGCUGAAAGUGAACCCAUUGAUGAUGAAGAGGAUAUGCCACCCGGUGGCAUUCCGGCCCGCAGUGAAAAGGGUGAACGCCUGCUGCUCUUCAUUGGCAUCAUUGAUAUUUUACAAUCGUAUCGGCUGAAAAAGAAACUGGAACAUACCUUCAAGAGUAUCAUUCAUGAUGGUGAUACUGUUUCAGUGUGUCGUCCUUCAUUUUAUGCUCAAAGAUUUCAAAAUUUCAUGGCCAAAACUGUAUUUCGUAAAAUACCGUCUCUGGAUCUCCCCGAGAUCAAAGGAAAUCAUAGAAAAUUUCGUACUUUGGUAUCCAGUUAUAUAGCUCUCAAGCACUCACCAUCGAAGCGAAAAAGUCUGUCGAAAGCAAUACAACGUUCCAUAGAUAGUGAAAAUGAGGCAAGAGGCACAACACCAUCAUGCAGUUCAACACCACCCCCUGCCUUCGAUGAUAUAUCCGAGGAUAAUAGUUAUAACAAGCAUAGUUCCUCAACGACUUCGAGGCGUUCGCAUCAGCAUCACCAACAGCAUCAAUCGCAUCAUCACCACCACCACCAGCAGCAACACUCCUCCCAGUCGCAGGCGGCUCAUCACCACCAACACCACCACCAUCACCACCAGCAGCAGUCGCAGCAACAGCAGCCGACGUCAGCACAUUACCAUCAAAGCGACGGGCUGUCCUCCUCCUCGUAUCACGAUCGUAAAAUGAAUGUGGGUCCAGCCUAUCGAAGUUCAUCGUCAUCGCAAAAAGAUGAUAUGGUCAGUGUUUCCGAAAUACAUUUAGACACCUAUUUAGCCGUAGAUACAUCAUCCAGUAGUCACUAUGGUUCAAGGGGCGGUCUAGCCUGGACACCACCAGCAUCUGGUGAAGGUUCAACACCCACAUGGACCGAAGGUACGCCCAGUUUUACCGAUUCCAGUUCAAGUGGUGACUUUGAACAUUUUUCGCCAAUUAAUUCCUCGAAAAUGGAUCGCUACAAGCCAACGGUUGAGGAUGCCAUCAAUUCGCUAUCCGCCGAAAUGAUCAACGAUCGUCAUUGA